AAAUACUGUUCUUGAAACUAUAAGAAAAACAAACAGAUUGAAUACUAAAAUGUUAUCUGCUACUGGAGCAGAUACCAAAAACUAUCCUGAUCAUUUAACAAUUGGAACGUUCCUCCUUAUUGUCAGGCUCGAUUGUAUUUUAAUUAAACGGAAUUGAAUUGACAUGGCAAGCGAUAUUUGAUCGGGAUUUAUGUAUAAUUCUACCUCUGUGAUUUUUUCCCACCAAUUCAAAUUGAAUUCGGGAUCUUGAAAGGGGGCUUUAGUAAAUGUUGAUUAAAGCGUUAGAUAACUAUUUAAAAGAUAACCUAGGGUCAAGGGUGUCUGCCCUGAUAUUUGGAUGAAUGAUUCACUUGUAAUAAGACCGUUUAGUGUAAAGUUGUCAGGCAUUAAGUGAAAAGUGGUUAAAAUAUAGUGUCUGUGGGGAGUUUUAAAGAGAGGCGCUAAGGAUCGAAAGAAAAAUUAUGCUAAACUUUUUAUGAAAUUACAAGAGAAGAAAUGAAGCUUCUUCCGAUUGGUGUUUUAAGCUGUUGUCUGAUAGUAGUCCUUGGUCAGAGAAAUUCACUUUUUCCUGAAAACAAGAAGCUCUCUUACUUUUGGGAAUCAGGAAUCUGGUCGGGCAUUAUUUUGCCAUCAACAUUAAUAUCAAGUUGGGCACUUAAUGCUACCGUUGAGGUUCAACAAGUCGAUGCGAACAGGACGCAGUUUAAAAUUUCAGGAAUCAAAUCAGACCAUGAAUUUCUAGAUGUAACAUCUUUAGAACUGCCAUUUUAUGGCACGUAUGUUUCUGGAAACCUUGAGGCUUUAGAAGUCACUCAAGGUGAUGAACUAUGGUCGGUUAAUAUGAAAAGAGCUUUACUGUCUCUUUUCCAAGUAAGACUGAGUGCUUUGAAUACACCCGUACUCAUUGAAAAAGAGGUUGGCCUGUAUGGAAAGUGCAAUGUAGAGUAUUCGUUCAGUAAAAUUAAUUCCGAAACUGUCAAAAUAAGAAAGAGUAUAGAUUUUGACUCAUGUGAAAAUUAUCCGUUUGUAAACCAAGCGAACUGUCCUUUAAUGGGAUGUCCGAGCAGUUAUCAGAAAAUGGUAGUUUCACAUAGUGAAAGAGACUACUUGGUGACACCACAGCAAGAUGUCUUUAUUCAAAAUAUUUCAUCGAUUGGAAGAAUAUUGGUUCAGCCUUAUGAAUCCAGUGCAGAGGCUCAUUAUGCCAAAAUGAGUCAAUCGAUUACAAUUCAAUCAGUAACCAAUCGGGUUGAAUCCACAUUGCCUGAAUUGAAAAGUGUGAACCUUGAGUAUGAAAUUCCUGAAUUGGAUCCUACCAACGGUAAAGAACCUCAUAACAGGACCGAGUUAGUGUUAGAGAUAUAUAAUCUGCUCGGUGAGCUGGGCGACAGUCUAUCUAGCUGGGAGGUUGGCGUAAAAGGCCUGGACAAUCAGACAUCGUUCUAUAUUCUCGACCUCAUGUGGUGGCUACAGAUGGAAGAUUGGGAACAACUAUACAACAGCGUUUCAGUAGGAACAAGCUAUCGCCAAGAGACGAUACAGCAUUUAUUUUGGGAUUUAGUCCCUCAUGUAGGAUCAGAACCAGCGGUUUUGUUCAUAAUCGAUUUGGUCAAGACUUCUAGGAUCAAAGGAUUCUCAGCUGGUAGACUGUUAGUCAGUUUUCCAUUUUAUCUUAAAGUUGAUUCUGAAGAAUUCCUCACAAAAUGCGAAGAUUUAUUGAGGCUGCACAAUUCAAUAGCAGAUGAUGUGAGAAAUUCAGCAAUCCUUACAUUCGCCUCGAUAAUCAACAAGAUUUGUCAGACCAAUUGCAAACAGGACACCUUUGACAGAUAUGCAAAAUAUUAUCUCGACAAAUUUACAAGUAGCACAACAUAUGAACAAAAAAUGUUGUACCUACAAGGAUUGAACAACAUUGAACUCGGCCAUGUUCUGGAUUUCCUAACUCCAGUAAUAACUGGCAAAGAAAGCUCAGAUAAUAAUAUAAGAUUCAUAGCAGUUUGGACCACGUUACAAAGCAUAAACACAAACCCUAGCAAAGUAUAUGACGUUUAUUGGCCUGUGUUUAGCAAUAAAUCAGAAACUCUUGAAUUAAGGGCAGCAGCCCUUACGCUUUUGCUAAUGUCAAACCCUUCGACAUCGAGAUUUUUGUCAAUUUAUUGGUUUAUGCAGGGCGAGACUUGUGAACAGUUGUACAAUUUUUACUACACUUCAAUACAAUCACUUGCUGUUACUAAUUUCCCGUGCUAUGCUAAAAUAGCAAGGGAAGCAAAGAAGAUCUCCCGAUUUGUCCCAGCAAAAUCACGAAUCUGGGCGACAGGCAAUUAUAUUUUAGAUUAUGAAGAUCCCGAAAGAGCCAAUGGAGGCUUGUUGCAGACCUUGUUGAUAGCAAGUGAACAGACAGGACUUCCAAAUGUCUUUAUAUUUCUUGUUGAACAACAUUCUUUGGGCCAUUCAAGAAGUUACUUACUGCAUUUAAAAGUUGGAGGUCUGGCAUCAGAACUUUGCAACGAAUUUGAUAAAAUUUCUAAGAGCAAUUAUGGAGGGGAUAAAAUCUCAAAAGUACUUCAAAUCCUGAACAACAUGAAUGUCCCGCUUAAAAAGGCUGAGGAUCUCCACUUAGAAGUCAUUUUAAAAGUAGAUAGAAGAACAGUUUUCUCACGGCACUUGAACAAAACAACUUUUACAUCUUGGACAGAGACUACAAAGAAAUUGAGUUCACUUUAUUUUGAAUUCAGUAUCAACUAUCAAAAUCUCAAUUUCCCAACUAUCAUAACAAAAACAAUCGCCUCUGACAUGGGAACACCGGCACUAAUGCAAAUUAGAUCAGCAAGCUUGAUGUCGGCAAGGGGCAGCGUCAGUCAGGAAAAUGAAGGCAGGGCUAGAAAUGCUGAAAUCGAUUUGAGAUAUUCUUGGAACGGCGUUACAGGGCUGAAAAUGUACAAUCCGCUCAGCAAUAAAUGGCACGGUGCAGAAAGAUGUAGGAAUCUUCACAUCCGUCUUCCUUUCGCUACACAGUUGAUAAUAGAGAUUGCAAAAUCGGUGUUCAAAGCUACGGCAGUUAGGCACAGAGAUUUUGUAACUGGUACAAGGUUGGGUCUGGUAUGGCAUGCUUCUUCGAGGCUGGUUACGAGAAAGCCUACUAUAAAAAUGUAUCCAAAUAUCAGUGAUGAGUGGACUCUGGAUUCUGAGGACCUAGGUGCUAGGCUAGGGGCUAGUGUUUUUGACUGUCCACAUCCUGAUACUAUCCCAGAUGCUCUUAACUUACUUAAAAAAGCAUUUUUAACUAAUCAUAAAAAUUAUAAGUAUGUUUUUUCUUUUAUUGUAAGCAUGCUUCCUAAAAUUGUUUCAAAUUAUUUUAGCAUGGUGCCUGGAGGUGUUGUUCUUCUUGGUUUACUUUCCUUGAAACACCAACUUCACUUUCAGCCUCAUGGGAACAAUUGUGGUGUUAUGUUAUAUUUCACACCUUUACUCACACAGGUGGAGCCAGUUUUAGAAUCUAAAGGAAAUAUGCUGAAACUGUCGAUUACGAGGAAGGACGGGAUAUUAUGGGAGAUUCAAGCUGGAUCAAAGAGAUUAAAUGACGGGAAUAAGGAAUUUACAUUUAAACUGUAUAGAACUCCAAGCGUGAGUGUGACUGUGGGGCAUAUUUGGCGUGUCAUACAACUAGAAGGGGCUUUUAUCGUUCCAUCGAGAAUGUCUGGUGUAUUCCAUCCACCCGCCGCUCUGACAGGAUACGCUUUCGUCUCAUGGGGUGAUGCAGCCCUUAGUCAUUCUGACAAAGCAUCGAUGCUUGAUCUAAAAAUCGUACCAGGUCACAAUGACACCGGAGGUGCUUUCUGUGAGGGUUACCACCCAAGGUGCUUACAAGCAAGUAGUGAUCUUGCAGCAAGGCAAACCGCAACACUUCAAUAUACUAAUCUGCCGACUUGGCUUAAGAUGGCUGCACACGCUCUCUUCCCUGAGCAUGUUCAAACCGAAGGCACUCACACUCAAGUAACAUUUGAUUACCCUGUCGCACUUUUACCAUGGAAUACAAAAGGACUGUGUGCUCUCAAUGAUGAAACUGUUCUGACAUUAGAUAAUGUGACAAUGUCUAUGUCCCUCCAUUCUUGCUACUCACUCGCUAUCGCUGAUUGUUCAAAAAACACUAGUUUCGCUAUUGAAAUCAAAAAGUCUGAAAAAUUCAUAGGUGUUCGUGUUCAUAGUGGUAUCAACACAGUGGAACUUUUACAAAACAUGAAUGAAACAAUUGUAAUCAACGUCAAUGACAAUGAAGUGGAAUAUACCAAACCAGAUUACCAGCUUGUUCACGAUAAAAAAACAGAAAUAAGCAUAAGAAGACGACCACAAGGAAUUCUAGAAGUUGAACUGCAUACAGGCGUCGUUCUACAACAUUACAACACUACCGUUGUUAUACUCGUACCAGCAGUGUUCCGAGGCUACACAUGUGGCCUUUGUGGAAAUUUCAACGGAGACACUUACAACGAACCGAGCAUUCUUUACACAAACUGUGAUGUUGAUGGUAACAUAUAAAGAACUCGAGCAGAAAACUUUGUGAUUUCAUGACAAAGGAAUUACACUUAAUAUUAAUAAAUGUUAAGUUCAAUAAUAAAAUGAGUGUGUAUAUUAUUUUGUAAAUAGGUUAAUUAAAUGAACUUUAAAUAGUGUCAAUAAAUAUCCUUUUUCUAA